UUGGAUUACAAGGGAUAUGGAAUCCAAAUCGCCAAAUACAACAAGAGGAUUUCAAAUCCAGGGGUUCAAAAUCCACGCUCCCAAACAUACCCUUGGAUGGGCUUGGGCUGAACAAUUUGGGCCCGUUACAGGACCGGGCCGGAUUUGGGCAAUGUUGAAGAAGAGGGGCUGGGCUUGGACGAGCUCUGCCGGGCCUAACCCGUUGACACCCUACCUCUAUCGCUUCUUACCCUGCCCGGAAAAAGCGAGCAUUGAACCUGAAAAAUGUCCUUGUACUAAUCCACCGACCUUCCAAAUUUCCAUACAUGAUGGUAUGGCUUUGAUUCCACUCACCCGUUCCCAUCUCUCUUCUUAUCAAACUCAUCUCUCUUCUCAUCACCUCCUCCGUCACCACAUUCACCAACAACUACAACUACAGCAUCAGCGGCAAAAGCCAUUGAUACAACAACAGCAGCAGCAGCAGCAGCAACAACAACAACAGAAUCACCUUUGUAGUAGGUUUGAAGAUACAUGUCUUUCCAUCAUUAAGUCAUGCUCAACAAAGGCCCACCUUCUGCAAAUCCACGGCCAUCUGAUCCGUACAUCCCUCAUUCAAAACCCCACCAUUCUGACCCCCUUCUUAUCCUCCGCCACCACUCAAGACCUAGACUACUCGCGCCAAAUUUUCAUUCAAAUCCCCAACCCCACCCUUCCUCUUUACAACGCCAUCAUGAAAGCCUACUCUCAGAGCAGCUUCCCUGACCAGGCCUUCUACUUGUACUCGCGCAUGCGGAAGCAAGGCAUUCGUCCGACCCCAUUCUCUUCUUCCUUCGUUCUCAAAUCCUGCAUUAGAAUUCCGUCUUUAACAGGAGGCAUACAGAUUCAUGCCCGGAUCCUUCGUGACGGCCACCAGUCCGAUUCUCUUCUCCUCACCUCUUUGAUGGGUUUUUAUUCUGCAUGCGGGAAUGGCGAUGGUGCACGCCUAGUGUUCGACGAAAUGUCCGUGAGAGACACGGUCGCAUGGAACGUUUUGAUUUCUUGCUAUGCACGCAACGGUCGGACUAAAGAUGCCCUGGGGCUGUUUGACGUUAUGCAGGCCCCGCCCUAUGAAUCUGAACCGGAUGAUGUCACUUGUUUGCUUCUCCUCCAGGCUUGUGCUCACUUGGGCACGCUUGAUUUCGGUGAGCGGAUUCAUAAUUACAUCAAUGAACGAGGCUUCAGUAAUGCUUUGAAUCUGUGCAAUUCACUUAUAGUGAUGUACUCAAAAUGUGGGUGUGUGGAUAAGGCUUUUAGGGUGUUUGAUGAGAUGGUUGAGAGAAAUGUCGUUACCUGGAGUGCAAUGAUUUCUGGGUUGGCAAUGAAUGGCCAUGGAAGGGAAGCCAUUGAAGCAUUUGCGGAAAUGCAGAGAGUAGGUAUUGUGCCAGAUGACCAGACUUUUACAGGUGUUUUAUCAGCUUGUAGUCAUGGUGGAUUGGUGGAUGAAGGUUUGAAGUUUUUUGAUUUAAUGAAGUCUGAAUUCGGAUUAGUGCCAAACAUCCAUCACUAUGGGUGCAUGGUGGAUCUUUUGGGUCGUGCAGGUCUGCUGGAUCAGGCCUACCAUCUUAUAAAUUCAAUGAUGGUCGAGCCUGAUUCGACAAUUUGGAGGACUCUGCUUGGCACUUGCAGAAUUCACGGUCACAUUGCUCUCGGUGAACGUGUUGUUGGGCAUUUGAUCGAGUUAAAAGCCCAACAAGCUGGGGAUUAUGUUUUGUUAUUGAAUAUUUAUGCUUCUGCUGGGAAUUGGGAGAAGGUGGCAGAUGUGAGGAGGUUGAUGAAAGAGAAAGGAAUCCAAACAAGGCCCGGUUGUAGUACAAUCGAACUAAGAGGAGAAGUCCAUGAGUUUGUUGUGGAUGAUGAUUCACAUCCACAAAAGGAGGAGAUCUAUGAGAUGUUGGAUGAAAUUGGAAAGCAACUGAAGAUUGCUGGUUAUUUUCCAGAUAUGACAGCUGAGCUGCACAACUUACAUAUGGAAGGAAAGGAGAAUGCUCUCUCUUAUCAUAGCGAGAAGUUGGCCAUUGCUUUUGGGAUGGUCAUGACUCCUCCUGGAACGACAAUAAGAAUUGCCAAGAACCUUCGCAUCUGUGUUGAUUGCCACAAAUUUGCAAAGGUUCUAUCCGGGGUUUAUAACCGGGAGGUAGUUGUGAGAGAUCGCAGCCGGUUCCACCAUUUCCGAGAAGGAUCAUGUUCCUGUAAUGAUUACUGGUAGGCCUCCUUUUACUUCAAAUCAUGUGCAAAGGUACUGUCUGGGGCAUUGACUGAUGGACGUCUUGCCCCCCAAAACCAGAAUAUUAAGAAAUCAAAUGAAACUUGUCAGUUCCUACA